CACUGGGAAGGAAGAUAGCAGCAACAAUAUGGCGUCAGCCGCAGUUUCUCCCGAAUCUUUUGGACAUCUUCAGUUCAGUGCCGGCUGUCUGGAUUUCUGUUAAUGCGGGAAAAAGCCAUAUGUCCUGGAUGAAACGUAAAUAAAGCGGAAAUAGCUGUAGGAUGAAAACAUGGCCGCGCCCGGUCUCGCACCCCCAGGACCUGACAGCUUCAAGCUGUUCACCCCCGAGUCGCUCCUUACUAUCGAGGAGCGCCAAUUCCAGGAGAAGAUCAAGAAAAAGCCCAAGCCCAAGUCUGACAGCAGUCACCGCGAGGAAGAAGAGGAAGAACCCAUGCCCAAUGGUGAUCUGGAGGCGGGGAAGUCCCUCCCUUUCAUCUACGGGGACAUCCCUAAUGGGCUGGUGGCGGUACCACUGGAGGACUUGGACCCUUAUUAUAUGAAUGAGAAA